AAGAAGUUCUUAACUGUCUUGAGUACAGGUUAUGUUCGAGGUGGAUUUCUAUUUACAUGACUUACAGCGAAGAAUUGGAAUCAAAAACCUUUUUUUUUGUCAAAUCAAAAAUUCCAGGCGUGACAAUGGCAGUUGAUGGAACUCACAUAAAGAUAAUGGCUCCAAAAAGAGAUAAACAUCUCUAUUAUAACCGCAAAGGAUUUUCAAGACUGAACGUUAUGAUUGUGUGCGACCACAAAAUGCAAAUACGUUACGUAUGUGCUAAAUAUCCAGGCAGUAGUCACGAUUCUCAUAUAUGGGAUUUGAGUGACAUGAAAUCUAUCAGCGCUACCAAUUAUCGGAGAGGAAAUGCAAAUUUAAUAUUAGGUGACAAAGGAUACCCUCUUCAACCGUGGCUUAUAACUCCAUUUAGAGAACCAAUCACAUGCCUUAGAAAAAGAAGAUUUAAUACGCAUCAUGCUAAAGGCCGAAUAAUUGUUGAGAAAACAAUAGGUUUAUUAAAAUCUGUAUUUCGUUGCCUUUGCAGUGAACGAGGUCUACAUUACGAGCCAUUUAAAGCAGCGCGUAUUGUUAAUUUCUGCUGUGCAUUGCAUAAUAUUCGUUUGAAUUUUAAUUCUAACGAAACUUUUAAUGAGCCAUACCUGGAUACAACUGCAAAUGAAUAUUCCAUCGAUGAUGACAAUGAUUUAGAUGAUAUGCCCACCGACGAAGCAAGUAGAAUAAGAGAUAUACGUCAUCAUCACAACGCACUCACCAACGGAUUGAUUUCGAUUCAAAUUUUCGAUAUUGCGGUAUCAAUGAUUAGCGACAUCUAUGUGCCGCGGAAAGCAUUCUAUCGCGUCGGUAAGUAA